AUGCGUACGGUACAUAAGAAGGAGGACUUUGAUGGUGUGACGCGCCGGAUACGGUACGUGUCUGAGGUUCUCCUGCUCCCUCCGUUCUCAUCUGUUUAUAGAUGCUUCCCUCAUGUUGUCAAUCUCGCGUGCAAGGCCGUAUUGGCUGCCAUCACUGACCUCGACUUCGCACGACCGAAUGCUGGUCCCUUCGUCCCUACUGCCACCCACCGUGAUGCGAUUGCUAUCGUUCGGACGGCAAUUCGUGCUAUACGAGCAUCGUCGCUUCGGCGUGCUUAUUUCGAAGAAGUGAUUGCUGCCUUGAAGCAGAAGAAUAUGCAACUACUGCGGGAUGUCGAGACUCGUUGGUCAUCCACCCUGCUCAUGGUAGAACGGGCCAUCCUCUUGCGCGCGGCUAUCGACAAGAUCAUGCGAGAGACGCCAGAACUCAACAAGUAUCGUCUACAACCCCACGAGUGGCUGGAACUGGAACAGCUUCAGAAGGUGCCGCAUGCAUUCCAGCAGAUACUGUCGGGCGAGAAGACGCCAACGCUCUGCAACGCUAUUCCCUCCUUCGAGAGGAUGGCUCGCCGCUGGGAGCAGCUCAAGACCGAGCUCCCCGGGAUGUCCUCCGUCAUUGACCGAGGCUUGGACAAGUUGGAGGAAUACCGGGACAAGACCGACGUCGUUCCUGCUUAUGUCAUGGCUAUGUGUAAGGUCCCCUUCCUGCGUUCCAAUCUACAUCUGACGUAUCUUGUAGUUGUCCACCCGAACAUCAAGCUCAAGUUCUUUGAGGAGUUCGACACCGACAAUCUCUCGUACGCGAAGGAUUUGAUCCUGAAGGAGGUAUGUUGUAUUUGCUACAUCAUGGGAACAAGAGCACUCACGAGCCCAUAG